AUGUCUUUGCUCGCUCUACCCUCUGAGAUCCAUCAACUGGUUAUUUCCCAUGUUCACUCGAACCAAGAUGUUGCCUCUAUCUCAAUCUCCUGUCGCACUCUUCGGAUCGUGUGCGAUAUGGAAACCCGCAAAAAGUUUGAUCGAAUCCGCAUAUCCGGUAACGAUGAUAGUAGGAAUGCGGCAUUUGCCUUGCUUAUGGCCAUUUUGAGACGGCCUCGCCUGGGUCAUUAUGUCCACCAUAUUGAGUGUAACGACCCGACAUUUCACCUCACGGACUACCUCGAAAGAGAGCACCAACGUGACUUGAGCGGUGAUGAUAUACGCCGUGUGGAAAUUGCGACUAGAAAAGCUGGAUUCACAGGUCCAAAACAGGAUCGCAUCCUCAACAUGCUUAUGCAGAAGACGGCUGCCAAUACUAGAAUCAUGGGAGGAAAAGCCAGUGAAUAUAGGUAA